AGGGGUGCGGGGAUCCCUUCCGGCUGGGGAGGCCGGCCUCGAUGGGGCGCCGCCGAGGGCGCCGGGCGGGCAAGGGGAAGGCGGCGCCGGCCUUGGUUCCACCGCCUGCGCGGCAGCAGCAGCCCGGGGCGCUGGAGGGCGAGGAGGGGCCUCCGCCACCCGCAGCCCCGGCGGACAGCGACAGCCAGGCAGAGGAGGAGGCGGCGGGGGCGGAGGAGGGGGGCCCGGCUGCGGCCGGCCUCGCCUGCCCGGUGGCGAUGUGGGACUUGGGCCAGUGCGACCGGCGGCGCUGCACGGGGCGGCGGCUGGCGCGGAAGGGGCUGGUGCAGACGCUGCGGCUCGGGCAGCGGUUCGGGGGCCUGGUGCUCAGCCCGCUCGCCGCCCGCUGCGUCUCGCCCGCAGACAGGCAGUUCGUGGCUCAAAAUGGAGUUGCUGUGAUCGACUGUUCCUGGGCAAAGCUGGAUGAGACGCCAUUUAACAAGAUGAGGGGAAGCCGCUUCCGGCUCCUGCCAUACCUGGUAGCUGCAAAUCCAGUGAACUACGGCCGGCCGUGCAAACUGUCCUGUGUGGAAGCUUUCGCUGCUACUUUCUGUAUUGUAGGGUUCUCAGAUAUUGCUACAACUCUCUUGCAAAAAUUUAAGUGGGGAAUGGGGUUCCUUGAUCUGAACCGAGAUCUGCUACAGAAAUAUGCAGCCUGUCGCUGUGAAGAAGAAGUGCUAAGGACUGAGAGAGAAUUCCUGGCCACCACCCCAGAAGAAGAAGAAGAAGUAAUAGACCCUUUUGAUGUUGAUUCUGGGAAAGAGUUCUCUAAUCCCAAUAGACCGUCCAUUAGAGUGGUUAUGGCUAAUGAAGAAACAGCUGACAAAAGCAGCAGCUCAGAAGAACGGGAAUGAAACUUGUAUGUCUGCAGAAAGGUCAAUCCGUGUGGAAGAGUUCUAAAAGGCCGAAACGACAAGCAAGCACCGCCUUACGAGGAAUCCAGUGCCCCUCGCCCAUGGCCCGCCUCUUACUCCCCAGCGCCUGACUUUCCCAGUUCAGGUGUGAGCCAGUGAAUUCAAAGCAAGCACCAUCAUUUGCUGGCACCUCUUUCUCUUGUCUCUCCUUUCCCCAUUUGAUUUCCUGUUGAGUUCCACCAGGUUAGGAUAACUGUAUUGAUGUUCACAUUUCAGUUAGUGCUGAUAUUUGUAUGAUUAUAAGGAGGAUUUGAAGAUGAAGAUAAAUAGUAUGUGGGAUCAGUAUAUCUUAUUUCAAGAGCAAAGCAUAGGGUCGGGGGAGGGAAGAGGCCACUUGAGCUAUAGUCAGAAAGAUGAUUCUGAGCAAUGCAAUAAGAACUACAUUAAUGGUUUAGGACUUCAAAAAGGUGGGUGGGGAACGUCCUUUCUAACUACAGCUGAUAGAAAUGUAAACAAUAGCUCAAGGGUUCUGAAUAUGCUUCAGGACAUAGAAUCCACUGCAGACAGAUUUGUUUCUGACUGACAUACUGGUACUACUGUAGCGCUCUCUGUUGUUUAACCACGCUUGGCUGUUUGUUAACUGAGUGAUAUGCUCUGGGACCUUAAAAUGAACGAGCCUACAGAUUUGAAAGGACAUACUUUUAGCUUGCUGAACAGAAUAUUAAAUGCAUAUUUCAUGAAACAGUAAAAAAUGCUAAAUUUUAA